CAUGGAGGUGUAAAUCAAUUGGGAGGAGUCUUCGUCAAUGGAAGACCGCUGCCGGAUGUAGUCAGGCAGAGGAUUGUGGAACUCGCCCACAGCGGUGUUAGACCGUGUGACAUUUCCAGACAACUCAGGGUAUCUCAUGGCUGUGUAUCCAAGAUACUGUCAAGGUAUUACGAAACUGGGAGCUUCAAGGCAGGUGUGAUAGGCGGCUCAAAGCCAAAGGUCGCGACUCCGCCGGUCGUCGACGCAAUCGCCAAUUACAAGAGGGACAAUCCGACUAUGUUUGCCUGGGAGAUUCGGGAUAGAUUGCUAGCGGAAGGAAUUUGCACGCAGGACAACGUGCCAUCGGUGUCUUCGAUCAAUCGG